UGGAACUCUGGGUAGGAGAGUGAAUGGUGUAUUUCCGGUUUGGUCUUAUGCUUUAUAUAUUUCUUUGGUGAAACCAACGAUAUGGCAUUAUAACCAGGAAGGAUAGUUAAGAGGCCGCGUGAGGUACGGCAUUUUCUAUGCAAUAAACAAGGUGUUUGAGCUGAUGUCGCCAGUAAUGAUCUGCUCAAUGUCAAGACUGUAAACUCAACAGUAUCUAUAAAAUAUGUUGCUGAAAAUUGACCACCAGUGAAAAUGGAAUUUCUAAAAAGUAACAGAGGUCGUGUUAAACUUAGCCUUGAUGGCUUUAUGUACACUAAGAAGAUUGCAAAUAAUGUUUCCAUUAUAUGGGAGUGUUCAGGGAGGACAGCAUUUCGCUGUAAUGGAAAGCUUAGAACCACAUUGGAGAUGGAGAACCCACGGCUGAUAAGUGAGCACAAUCACCCUGCAGACCCAACAGCAGUAGAAGCAGUGAAGUUCCGCACCAAACUCAAGGAACAAGCUUUAACUUCCAAUGAUAAAGAUGAUCAACCCGCCAUAGAGGAUGACAGGAAGAAAAUGAGUGCCCUAGAGGAGGCUGCAGUCCAUUCAUCACGUUUUAUUCUGUGCGCACAGAAAAAGUUAGCUGAACCAGCACCAGGAGUGAGGCAACCAUGUAAUAGUCAGGGAUUAGACGGAGAGAAUCCUCAAGUGACUUCAUCACGUUUUAUUCUGUGUGCUCGUAAAAGAGAAGACGGACCAGCGCCUGGUGUGAGGCAACCAGGUAAUCGUCAGGGAUUCAGUUUUAUUUCUACUUCCCAUAAACAGUUUGCCAAACCAUUAGCUGAAGCGAUGGAACUAGAUAUUACUGCAGAAAGUGGAAUAGGAAGUGAGAAGAUAGACAUAACCCAGAAGUUCGGUGGACUGGCAGGUGGAGUGAUGACACUACAAGCAAUCCCAAGAAGAGACAUAAGGAAAGGUUGUAUUUCAACUGACCAGAAUAGAAAUUUCACAGUUACAACUGUAUCAAGUUCUACUCAACCUACAUCAAUGCUUGUAUCUUCUGCCACCAAAGAAGCUGCAAAAUCAGUAAUUGAAGUGAUGGAAACACAAACUUCAAGAGAUGACUUAAGAAAUGAGAAGGUAGACAUGAUGCCAUCAAUCUAUAUUCUUAAUGCCCAGAAAAAGCCUGCUGAAACGAUAGACCUGUCAGAGACCUCAUCCAGAACUGACGAAGAGGAAGAUGAGAUUCACCUGUCUGUGGGUCACAAAGGAAGAAGGAGAGAAAGAAGUACACCUUGUGAACACAAAACAAAUAUGGCCUCUGCAGGAAGAGCGAGAGUUGGUCCUCCUAAGUAUGACCCCCUCAUGUCAUAUGAUGAUGAAGAUCACGGAAGUGAAGAUGGACACAGGGAUGAAAUCCUAACAGAGGAAACAUCAAGUAUUGAUGACCAGUUUAGACUUGGGAGAAAGAUGGAGAGAGCCAGUACAGUGUUUAAUUCACCUUCAGUCGGCAGACGCAGUGUAGAGAAUCCACCAACCACAGUAAUCGUGAACAUGCCAAAUGGAGUAUUCAUAACAAAAAAGUGA